UAUGGGACAAACCGGGGAGGGAACAAUCAUUAUCACUUUGUUCACUCUAAUAAUCUAAUUUGUCUUCACCUUCUUCUGUGGAUGCUCUUUCAGGAUAAUUCUCAAUGACAAAUCUUUACACAGGGCUAAAACUUAGUAAGGAAGAAUCAGAAAGCGUAUCCAAAGUUGCUGUGAAUCCUCACCGCCCUAACCUCGAACUCAGCUUCUAUGAAGAUUUUACAUUACGCGGUAUUCGAGUUCACCGAGUUGAACCAGAACUCAUCGUUUGUUCUUUCAAGGUUCCUCCUCGACUCACUGAUAGGAAUGGAAAUUUGGCUUCAGGCGCGAUUGCAAGCCUUGUUGAUGAUAUUGGUGCUGUUGUGAUUUACAGAGAAGGCCUCCCAAUGAAUGUAUCUGUCACCAUGUCUAUCUCUUAUGUCUCAACUGCCAAGGUUGAUGAUGAGCUGGAGAUAACCUCAAGGCUUUUGGGACAGAAAGGGGCUGUUUUUGGAACUAGUGUCUUGCUCAAGAAUAAAGCUACUGGGGAGACUAUAGCUGAAGGUCGACACACACUCUUUAGCAAACAUGCUAGCAAAAUUUGAUUGGAACGCGUGUAUGUUAUUUCAGGGAUUGGUAAGGUUGAAAGACAUAUUGAUGGCGAUGGUUAAACAAAGAUUAUGAGAUCCUCCAUUACAUA